GAGCCCACUUGAAUUAUAAAUACCCACCCCACCUCUCGAAAAUAAGAGAGUAUAUAAUGAAUAUCAAGAAAUCAGACAAAUAACUAGAAAUCAAAGCUACCAGAAAGUGAGAAAAAAACUCUAAAUUAUUUCAUAAAUAAAUACAAAUCAUUCGGAUAACACAUAACAUAUUACAAGGAUAUACCAAGGAUAUCAGAACUCACAUUGGAUAUGGCUGCCAACGAGAUAAUGGCACCCACUGUCAAUGCAAAUUGUCAAUACUCGACGAGAUAUUGUUGGGAAGCGGAAAAAGUAAAAUCACUGAUCAGACUAAGGGCAGAACUAUCGCCACUUUUCACUGGCAAACGUAAUGCAUCGAAAUAUGCCUGGGCUGUGGUGGAACGUGAGCUUAAUGUGCCACUGCCCCUGUCGAAGAUUAUCAAAAAAUGGAACAAUCUGCUGCAAGAGUACAAGGCCAUCAAAAUGUCCGAGGAGCCGAAGCGACGAGAAUGGCCAUUUUUUACAUUGAUGGAUGUGUAUUUUAGCGAUCAGGUUAAUGAUCCAUCGCUGCGUCUAUUCUCGUCCACCAAGACAUUGAAGGAGACCCUCGAUGACAGUGUCUUUGAGGAUGAUCCAAUAAUUGCAUCGGCCAUUGCGGCUGCCACCAGCGGCGCCUACAUGGACAUCGAUGAGCUCAUCAGGCGGCAAAAGGAGCGUGCCGCCUUGGCUGCGGAACGGAAAUUGGCAGCUGCUGCUAGUGGUGCUGGCGGCGAUUACAAAUACGAGCUGAAGCCAAUGUUGGGCAACAGCAAUAGUAACAAAUUCAAUAGCAACAGCGACAUGGUUAAGUUGUCGAAGAGUGUGGAUGAUCUCUCCAUGCAGCAAUAUAAGAUCAAACACGAAAUGAUAUGGCAGCGUGAGCAGGAGCAACAGGAAAAUUUGGUCAAAAUCAAACAGCAAGCGCGCAAGCAGCAGCAACAACAACAGCAACAUCUUCAAGCACAGCAGCAGCAACAACAGCAGCAGCAGCAACAGCAACAACAACAGCAGCGAUUCCUGAGUCAUCAACCGUCUCUAUCGCCACAUCCACACCGCCUGCAGUCAUCGUCGACGCCGCCAGGACUGCAGCAUGCCCUGCAGCAGCAGCAACAGCAUUUGCUACAGCAGCAACAGCAGCACCUGCAACAGCAACUACAGCAACAACAACAGCAGCAGCAGCAGCAUCAGCAGCAGCAACAUCAUCACGCUCACCCACACCAACCGCCCACACCGCGACCCAGCUCGCCCCCGACAACUGCUCAACAGAUUCACAUCACGGCAACUCAGCAUCAGGCUGCCCAACAACAGCUCCACCAGCAACAGCAGCAGCAACAUCAACAGCAACAGCAGAAACAACAGCAACAACAGCCUUACACAGAUCCCAAUACAAUCGAUCAGUAUCUCCUGUCGUGGAACAAUUUCCACGGCAACAUGUGUCGCGGCUUUCACUCUCUGCAGAAGGAUGAGAAGAUGGUGGACGUGACUAUUGCAGCCGGCGGCAAGAUAUUUAAGGCCCACAAACUGGUUUUGUCUGUAUGCAGUCCGUAUUUCCAGCAAAUCUUUCUAGAGAAUCCAUCCAGUCAUCCCAUUCUGCUGAUGGCAGAUGUUGAGGCCAGCCACAUGGCGGGAUUGCUUGACUUCAUGUACAGUGGACAGGUGAAUGUCAAGUAUGAGGACUUGCCCGUCUUUCUGAAGGUGGCCGAGGCCAUGAAGAUCAAGGGGCUGCACACAGAGAAAAACCUGGAUAGCGAUGCCAGCGACAUAAGCUCACCACACGAAAGCGAUGGCACCGAGUGCCGUUUCGAGCGUGGAACUCACACUGUCAACAUCACCAGUGGCCAUGCCGCUGCUGCUGCAGCCGGUGGCUACGGCGGAUCACUUGAACAACAGAACGGCCCCAACAGAUGUCCCACACCUCUGUCCAGUGGCGGAGGGCCAAACUAUGGCGGUGGCUUCCGUGAUCACAUCAAGUCGAAGGCCACCCUGACCGAGACUUUCAUGAAGAAUCUCAAUCGCAAUAACAACAAUAACAGCAGCAGCAACAAUUACAAUCAUUUGGCCAGCAACAACAGCAACGGCAGCAUCAAUAACAACAACAAUCAGACCGAGGCCGAGAACAAUUCCUUUGCCAUCCUUCAGGCUAAUAGCAAGAAAAUGUUGGACACGGCACGAAAACAACACAAAUAUCUGGCAAAACGAAAGAUCCUUAUGCACUACAAUUCCGAGCUGGGCGGCGAGAAGAGAUUGAAGGAGAUGGAAAGGGAACGUUCUUAUUCGAGUGCUGAGCAGCACGAUGAUGCGAUCAACAACAAUCAUCAUCAUGACCAGGACAAUGUUGGACAAUCGAUGGGGCCCGUUAUGACAAUUGUGCCACAGACACCGCCGCCAGCCACACAUAAUAACAGUUUCAAGAUACGUCUGGUCGAGAAUCAUCAUCUGACCAAUAGUGGAGGCAAUAGCAGCAAUGUCAGCAGCAAACCGGACAAUUGCCACAACGAUGAUGACGAAGAGGCCUUGAAUCUGGUACAGACGCCCAAUGCAAAUGGCAGCCGUGCAAGGCCACAGACCCCCCCAACGGCAUCCACACCGACACCCACAACCAUUCCGACAAUGCCCGCAUCCACGCCAGAUAUUCAGCUGAUCAAACAGGAAAUCGAAGUCGAACAACAAUCGGGAAUCUCUGCCAGCAAUGGCCACGAUGAGGAGGAGCCCAAUGACUAUGAUCGCAAAUAUGAUGACAAUAAUAACAAUCGUGGUCUGGAUAUGGAAACCGAUUCGAAUAACAACAACAGCAGCAGCAAGCCAAACAGCAACAACAACAACAACGAUAGCAACAGCAAUGGAAUUGCUUUGGCCCUGGGCAAGCACAAGCUACUUAAUGCAAUCAAUCGCAGUCUAGAAUUGGAGCAGCAGCCACAGCAGCAGGAUAAUAAACCAAUUGAUGAUCCAAUCGACCAGGCCAACAAGACUAAUAGCCAUGGGGAACAGCAUCUGGACAACGAUGACAAUAACAAUCACAGUGAGCAUCUGGAUUUGAGUACGAUUAAGAAUAUAGCGACAGCCGAGAUAUUGUGUGGUCUCAAGAGUAAAGUCCUUAAAAUGGAGGAGGAGCAACGUGAACGUGAGAGGGAGCGGGAGCGGGAAAGGGAACGGGAAGCCUGCCGCAAUUUAAGUGAAAUCAAGAACGCCGAAUGACAAUGGAAGCCACCGGGAAACGGAAUAUAUGAUAUGCAUUUGAUAAAACAUAAACAUUUAGUGUGAGAAAAAACAAAAACACAUACAUACAUACAUACAUGUAUCGCGAUGUAUGCUACUUUUAGUUAUUUAUUAUAUCAUUUAAUAAUCGUUAA